CAAAGCCUGUGGGAGCCAGGACCAGUGCAUCCUGUGGUGGGCAACUGGCCAUCAGCAGCUUGGCUCAGGCCACUCGUCCUACCACCUCCUGGUUUCCCCCACCUUCCCCCUCCCUCAAGGCCAAGGACAGAGACGUCCUCCUCCCCCUUCUCCUCCUCUUUGGUGCCUCCAGCCAGGAGGCGGGAGUGACCCACAGCAGCUGACCCAGCUCGGGCACUGCCUCUCCCACAGCCCUAAGGACACACCAUGGGCCCAGAGGCUGGUUUGUGGCACACGAGCGAGGACGCAGGCGGCGGCCCCGGCGACUCUCAACUGCCUCCCUGACUACUGCGACAACCUCCCCGAAGCCAUCGCCAAACAUCUGCAGCUGAAUCUAACCGCAGCAAACCCACGCCACUACCGACUACCAGCUAAGUAAACAACUAUGGCGGGAGAGAGGCGGCAGGCCGAGAGGCCGGGAGAAGGAUGGGCCGUCUACGUCACACCCAGAGCCCCCAUCCGGGAGGGAAGGAGGAGGCUCGGCCCUCAAAAUGGCGACGGCAGUGACGCGCCUGCGUUCGGGGCUCAUCCGUCGCGCCACGGACGACGGGAAGUGAGGUUUUCAGAAGAACCAGCAGAAGUGUACGGCGACUUCGAGCCCCGGGUGGCCAAAGAAAGGUCUCCGGGGGGGAGACGAACCCCGCCAGAAAAGUUCCGGCCGGAUUCUGCGAAAGAGGAAGUGGGAGAAAGCGCUUACAAUCUUCGGUCUCGACGACGGAGGCAGCGGGGACCCCAGGAGUCCGAGGAGAUGAAGACGCGGAGGUCCACUCGUCUUGAGCAGCACUCACAGCAGCAACAGCAGCUGUCUCCGGGCUCGAGCGGGCGAGGGUUACCGGACUCUCCGUCCUCCAGUGAGGACCGCGGAGAGGAUGAACCUUCUUCCCCACCUGUUACAAGCCAGACAGCCUCAAAGAAAACUGUUAGGACACCAGAGACUUCAGUGAUGAAUGAAGACCCUAUAAGUAACUUAUGCAGACCCCCAUUAAGAAGCCCAAGACCUGAUUCAACAUACCAAACGAAUGGAAAUACUAAAGUGAAUGAAAGAGAAGCUACCAUUGUCCAACAGGUCAAUUUCUUUGAAGAAGGAGAAACCGAAGAUGAUCUCGAGAGCUCUUACAGUGACAUCACUAUUGGAGUCAGAUCCAGCGACUCUCUUGAGUCUAGAGAUGACGCCACCCAGGCAGCUGCUCAUCAUCCAGAGUCACCGUGGCGGUUACCACACAGUCAGGACUUGCCAGCUCAUGGGAAUCAGCAUCUACUGCUGACCUCAGGAUAUCAGAAUAACCCUCAGGAGUGGGUUGACCAAGGUGUAAGAAUGAGGCGUAGAGUGGCGUAUAACAACAUUCAGAAAUCCGACUUUGGAAACCAGGCUCCAUCAACCUCCAGGCAACAAGCAGCUGUACAAUCCUCAAGUGAAUCUCCUGUCAAGAUAAAGUGGCUGCUGGGGCUUGUUGCCACCCUUGCCAUGGGAAUGUUUUGGUUCUUUCAUACCCCUGCAGUAGAAACCACUGCCGUUCAAGAAUUCCAGAACCAGAUGAAACAACUCCAGUCUAAGUACCAGAGUCAAAACGAGAAGCUGUGGAAGAGAGGCACAACAUUCCUAGAAAAACAUCUGAAUAGCUCCCUCCCUCGGCCCCAGCCUGCCAUCCUGUUGCUCACUGCAGCCCAAGAUGCUGCAGAAGUGCUCAAGUGUCUGAGUGAACAGAUUGCCGACGCCUACUCUUCCUUCCGUAGUGUCCGUGCAAUCCGGAUUGACGGGGCCGGGAAAGCUGCUCAGGACAGUGACCUCGUCAAGCAUGAAGUUGAUCAGGAGCUGACUGAUGGAUUUAGAAAUGGCCAGAAUGCAGCUGUGGUACACCGCUUCGAAUCCCUGCCGGCUGGCUCAACCUUAAUCUUCUAUAAAUACUGUGACCAUGAGAAUGCAGCCUUCAAAGACGUAGCCCUCGUCCUGACUGUACUGUUGGAGGAGAAGACGCUGGAAGCCAAUCUAGGCCUAAAGGAAGUUGAAGAGAAAGUGAGGGAUUUCCUUAAAGUCAAGUUCACCAGCUCUGGCACGGCCAGCUCCUACAACCACAUGGACCCAGACAAGCUGAAUGGGCUCUGGAGCCGCAUCUCUCACCUUGUGCUGCCUGUGCAGCCUGAGAACACUCUGAAAGCGGGCAGCUGCUUAUGAGGGAGAGAAACGGAAAUCCUGUCUUGAGUUUGAACAAUUUUCAGACCUUGUAACAACCAGAGACGGAUUUUGAAGCAGUUUUUGAAAACUGGUUUCUUUUUAAAGGAAGUAAAGUUCAUACAUAAAUGCAGAAUAACUAAAUCACUUAUGCAGCCUAUCUGUGAUUUGAGAAAAUCGUUUCUUUAUUUCCACUAUGAACCAUGUUAAAGGUAUUUAGCAUAGUGUACGGUAUAUGCAAUUCCCGAGUGUCUGCCUUGACUCUGACCGAAUCAUUCUUGCUGUGGUGUGACGUCAGAGAACCAGCUUUCUCUUUAACUUUGGGUUUGUUUGUGUUUGUGACCUUAAUGGCUGACAGCUCCCUCAUUGUAGCUAUGGGUUUCCCCAUUACUUUUUCUCUCAUGCCAUUUAAAUGUGUGAUCCUUAGCUCCUACCUAUAAAAACAGAACUGGGUGUGCAGUUUAGUAGUCCCUCCGCUACUGGCUUUUAGAGAGGGGUGGAGGGGUUGGAGGUAGAAAGAGAAGGGAAAUUGUUCAAUAGAGAAGGAAAAGGAAGAAGAAAAAAAAAAGAUAGUUGCAAGCUGGGCAUGGUAAACCACACCUGUGAUCUGUCUCAGGGUAGUCAGAAGGAGCAGAAGUUCAUGGCCAGCCUCAUCUAUAUAGUGAGUUUUCUGCCACCCUGGACUACAUGAGACACUGUCUUAAAAAAAUAAAAAUAAUAAAUUUAAAACUCAAAAUGUUACUUCUUAAAGGAAGAAACAUAAAAGUGACAAAGAUCCUCUGAGGAGUGGUCACACAGGCAUGCCUAGGCUGCAGCCUCAAACUGUUACAAUUUGCUUUUUAAGCUUCUGUUCUUUUGUUUGUUUUUGUUUUUUGAGACAGGCUUUCUCUAUGUAGCCCUGGCUGUCCUGGAACUCACUCUGUAGACCAGGCUGACCUCGAACUCAGAAAUCCACCUGCCUCUGCCUCCCAAGUGCUGGGAUUAAAGGCGUGCGCCACUACCGCCCGGCUUAUGCUCCUGUUGUUUGUAUGAGGCUAAAGCUCAUUGGUAGAGCAUUUGCCCAGCCUGUGCAGUACCCUGGGCUCAGUGACCAGCAUUCCACACACCUGUAACCUCAGCACUCAUCAGACUGAGACUGUAGUGUCUCGGGUUCAAAGUGAGCCUGGAAUAUAUACAUACAUACAUACAUAUGUACAUACGUACAAACAUACAUAUAUACACAUACGUACAUACAUACAUAUAUACACAUAUAUACAUCAAGACCCUAAUUCAACCCUGCUCCCCAGUAAAAAAAAAAAAAAACAGAGUUCCAUGAUCCUCCCAAGAUUUUUUAAGCUUGUACAUUAUGCAGUGUAUUUCCUUACUCUUAACAAUUUGAAAGGUAGGCAGAUUCAAAGCAUUCUCUUUGAUGAUACCUGACAGUUUUUAUCUUAAAGAAAUUAACAGUUUCCGGUACAUCCUCAACUUGAUGGUUUGAGUUUUGUUUUGUUUUGAUUUUUUAAUUGUUAUUUAAUUUUUUUUACUUUUUUGCCAAUACUAGGAAUUGAACCUAAGAUCCCACACCAGCUGGUCACGUGCUCUGCCAGUGAACAUCCCCUAGCAGUAGAAACACAUUUUAAAGUCAGGUAACUCAUAUCUACAAUCCCAGCACUUGGGAAAUUAAAGAAGCCAUUGUUAGCUAUCUAGUGAGUUUCAAGUCAGCUUGCCCAAGCUGCAGAAUGAUGCACUGUCUCAACACCCACUGCACCCCUCCCCACUCCCAGUACACAACACACAAAGACAACUUCAAAAGUGGGCAGACAGUUCUCUGCUGGGCUUGAGUACUUGAAGUCCAUGAAUGGCAGUCCAUAACAAAACUGAAAUAUGCUAUGCACAUGAUCAUUUUAUUGAGUACCUCAAGCCAAAAAGAGUGAACCUUACCACAUGUGAGGAAUGGUGGACCUAGGUCUCUACUGCUAUAGUAUUGUAGGGUGUUUGUAUUUAUAACUAGGCAUCCUCAUCUGUCUGCUGCUGCUUGUUUUCUACUGUUACAAUUCUAGAUGCACCUCGAGUUCCUGUCCAUAGACAUCUAAAUGAGAAAACUACGUUAGAGUCCUAGUCAACCGUUCUUUACCCAGAGUCUCAUGGUGGGUUAUAGAAAGUAGUCCAAUUUCUUCCCAGAGGACUACCAAUAUUUGUACCUUUAUUAUCUGUUUCAGUCAAGUUAGACUGAUAGGGUUUAUUUUGUAAAGAAUUAUAAAAACGUUUUUGAAAGUUUAUUUUUUACAUGCAUAGCAUAAGAAAAUGGAAAUGUUUUAUUGAAUAUUCCAAUGACUUAAAUAAAUUGCUUUUUAUCUUUCAGGAAAAAUAAUUGCAACAGUUAAUGUGUAAAUAACUUUAAAAGCUAUUUUAGUAAUUUAAAUAAAUUUACUUUUUGGGUUUGUA